CCAAUUGAUAUUCAGACGGCGAAAAUGCUGACCGCAGUAUCGAAGACUUAUUCCCGGUGUGUGUGAGGCCGGAGACCGCAGGCGACGCCGCGGAGGAAGUCUUCGAGGCGGGCGGGCGAGACGCUUUCUUGCCCAUUUUUUCUGAUCGGAACUGCAAAGGACCGGAACGGAAAUGUAGAAAACUGGAUGAUAUGAACAGAGUCCCGGUACAAAAGGGUUUGAGUUCCACUUCGAUUGACAGCGACACCGGGAUUGCUGGGACUGAGAUGCGCUGCAGUUCGUCGCCGUUUCUGGCAGAGUUGCUGAGGAGAAAAAAAAGUUCUGUAGAGGCUGUAGAUGCGCUUGGCCCGUUACGGUCUAGCCGCCUGGGAAGUUCCGCUCCGUCUUAUCUAAUCAAGCUGCAUUUUUGGGUGCGCAGGAGAGACUUUCUCUUUGGCCUUGACACUUCAUCUUCACGUCUUCGCAGAACGAGGAACUGUCGAGGAGAGAUGGUCUGUUUAGGUCAUCAUCAUUUCCUGGAGUCUCUGGAGGAGGAAUCCAGUGACACGAAAAGCAAUGUUUCCGUUCUCGGAUAUGCACGAACCCUCUGCAGGAUACUUACACACCAGCAGCAAGCCUCGAUCUUUCAUUCCUACAUUCAAAGCACACAUAGUGUUGGCCAGUCUUGGUCGAUGCAGUUGCUUUCGCUUGGCCGUACUUUUUACCAACAGGUCAUACAAACAACCCCGUUUGGAAUAUCUAUGCAAUUGCUGUUGUUCUGGCCCUUUACAUGCAGCGGAUAACUGCCUGUCCCCUGCAGCCUGGGUGUACUCUUCCCUCAUGCCUCAUUCAAUCAUUGAUUUGUUCUUUUGCAAAGGAGAAUGUUUCAGCCCGCACGCAAGCAGGGGCAGUGAGACACUUCAUUGUGAUCCUUAUGACAUCAGGGCGGCAAUGACCAAAUUUUCCUAACGCUACUUUUGCAGGGCUACUGAAUUCAGCGCUCAAAAUGUACGAGAC